AUGUAUAGAAAUUCCUAUAACCAGUCAUCAUCGUCUAACCCCCCCCCUCCUCCGGGUUAUGACAGCUACGGUCGACCGCCACAGUCUCCGUAUUCGCGCACCGAUGAGCCGCCUCGAUCAUGGAACAGCUAUCCCCAAGAGCGUCGCGAUAAUUAUCAGUUUCAAGGUCCCUACUCCGAUUUACGUCGCAAUCGACCCGAUGAUCACCGUCGAGCUGAUGGGGAAUAUCGCGACAACUAUCGCGACAGCGAUAAUUACCGCCCUCCUCAAGGUGACUUCACCUUUCGCGUAGAACGCCCUGCCGGUGUCGAUUCAUAUGUACCAUCGGACCGAGAGCAACGAGCUUCUAGAGAGUAUAGCUCAUACCGUCCCCAACAGCGGGCUUAUAAUACUCAUCAUGAACAUAGUUAUAACGACGGACGAAACGCACCCUAUCAACCGCGUCGCGACGAAAAUGGAAGAUCAACCGGCCGCGAUGGUCGCCCACGCCGUAAUGACGAUCGUAGACGCCAGCAACCUUAUCGAGACGCGCGAAACCGUACUCAGGGUAGACAAAAUGGUUCCUACAGGCCAACAAUACCAGCGACACGGUUACUGUUACUUAAGAAGCAUGACGAUAACCCUGAAUUGAUGUUGGGCGAUACAGCUGGUCGAGCUACUUAUAGAGAUGUUGAUGAACUGUCAAAUAGUGACGAGGCAGAGAUGGAUAUUUCAGAUAACUCCGACUUGGAUGUAGCCGAACCCGCAGCCAAGCGAAUGCGAACGUCAGAGACGAAUGUUACAAAGCCAGAACAGGAUGCGCCAAAAUGGUCUAACCCCGACCCGUAUACCGCGCUGCCUCCCCCUGAUGAGAGUACACGCAAAAAGAAGGACAUGGUACAGCUGAUCCGCAAAGCACGCGUAGAAGCGGAAGCAAAGCAAGCUGCUGCACCUGUAGAGGGAUUAGAUUUUAUUUCUUGCGAUUUUAGUGACAACGAAGGUGAAGGUGCCAACCGUCGCGAGGCAACAUCAACACUCCCGACAACUUAUUCGCACAACCCUCCUACUGAGGAGAUUCGAAUUGGACACAUAGAGACCCAAACCAUCAAACCUAAUACCAAAGGCACUAGUAAUAACUCUAUUGACCUAACAGCAUCUACAUCUCUCGGUACUCGCAAACGCACUUUUGACGAUACAAUCAAGUUACCCCACACGACGUUGAAGGUUUCGAUGAAGUUUAGCGGUGGAGGAAACGUUUUGCCAGCAUGGCAACCCAAAGACGACAAUUCAUGUCCUUGGGCUGUAACUGAUUAUUCGACAACGCCAUCUAUGGCUACGCGAUUGCAUAAGGAGAUUGUUGAUUUCUACCUCUAUGUUCGUCCUCGCGAUUUUGAAGAGCGCGUUCGCACCGAGAUGCUCAAUAAUCUCCGAUCGGUUGUUAAGAAGAAGUGGACCGAUGCUGAGGUCUAUCCGUUUGGCUCCUUCAUGUCUGGUCUCUAUCUACCUACUGCAGAUAUGGAUGUCGCCAUUUGUUCCAACGCAUUCAUCACUCGUGGCACUCCGCGAUACGACAAGAAGAAAGAUCUGUGGGCCUUCAAGACACACCUUAUACAUCACGGAAUUCCCUACAAGAACGACGUCGAAGUGAUCGCAAAGGCCAAAGUCCCACUAGUGAAAUUUACCGACCGCGAAACUGGCCUGAAGGUUGACAUCUCGUUUGAGAAGAUGAAUGGUCAUCAAGCCAUCAAGACGUUUUUAGAUUGGAAAGAGAAGUACCCAGUGAUGCCAAUCCUCGUUGCCGUCAUCAAGCACUUUCUGCUCAUGAGAGGACUCAACGAGCCUGUCAAUGGUGGCAUUGGGGGUUUCUCCGUUAUCUGCAUGGUUGUCAACUUACUCAAUCAGAUGCCACAGGUUCAAAGUCGUUCUAUGAAGCCCGAGCAUCAUCUUGGAGAGCUUCUGAUGGAAUUCUUUGAUUACUAUGGUAACCAUUUCCAAUACAGCACGGUUGCGAUUCGCAUGAACCCUCCCGGUCUUGUUUCCAAGAGCAAAGUAAGCAAUGUCGUUUAUCGCAACCUAGAUCGAUUGUCCAUUCUCGAUCCCAACAACCCCGAAAAUGACAUUGCAGGCGGAUCUAAGAAUACUCCAACUAUCCUAGCCCAAUUCUCGAAAGCUCAUUCGAUGAUCAAAGCGCGUAUGGCUGAGCUUGCAAAGGGAACCAAGACCUCAGGCGUCAGUAACACAAUCCUUGAGCCAUUGUUUGCAGGCGACUAUUCCAUCUUCCAGGUCCAAAGAGACUACUUAGAACGCCUAGCAGCACAAGGGAUCCCCAACUACAAAACUCAGGAACACGACUCUGGUGACAUUAUCUGGUAA